AUGGCAAGCUCUCCUAAGCCCGAAAUCAUCACCUUCGACUACCAAUACGCCCCGAACGCGCAGCGGGCCCGCAACCUCCUCAACCUCACCGGCCUGAAAUACAGCAUCUGCGAGCAGCCCUUCGUGCAGCCGCGCCCCAUCGUCCAAAACCUCGGCAUCACCUACCGCCGCGUGCCCGUCAACGCCAUCGGCAAGGAUGUCUACCCCGACAACCGCACCUUCCUCGACGCCAUCCUGACCAUCUUCGCGGACGAGAAGGGCGUCAAGGAGCUGGUGCGCAGCAAGCACGACGAAGGCUACGAGGCGUUUGGGUACCGCAUGUUCUGGAACUUGCUGGAGAUCCUGCCGGAUACUGUGUACAACGAGACGAUGGUCAAGGAUCGUGCGGAUUUGUAUAGCAUGCUGAGCAAGCACGACUACCGCGAAGUCCGCCCUGCUGCCAUCCAGGCUUUCAAGCAAUUCCUCGACAUCAUCGAGCACGACUUUCUCGCCGACGUGGAUAGCAACGGGCCCUGGAUUGCGGGUGCGAAGCCCGGUGUUGCUGAUCUGCAGGCAGCGUGGAUCCCCAAGUUCACGCUCGAGACAAUCGACUACGCCAACGGCGCAUCAGCGGGCAAGGAGGGCGAGGGCAUCACGCCAGAGCAUUACCCGCGCGUGUUCAAAUGGCUCAAGCUCUUCCCCAACCACGUGCCGGAGAAUGAAGCGACGAAGGUCUCGGGCGAGGAGGCGUCGGAGCGCAUUCUGAAGGCACCGUAUGCGGCGAAGGAUAUUGGGGUUGAUGAGACUGGGGAUUCGACCGGGUUCAAGAAGGGCGAUAAGGUGCAAAUUGCUACGACGGAUGAUACUACUCCCGGCAAUAUGGCGCAGUAUGGCACGCUCGUGGGGCUGAAUCGCAAGGAGCAAGUCAUUCAGCUGGACAAUGGGUUGAGGUUGCACUUCCCGCGGAUUGGGUAUUCGCUGAAGAAGGCUUAA